AAGUCAUGGAUGAUUUUCAGGGUUAGAAGAACUGAGGAAACUCAAAUUGUGUAAUGAGAUGUGACGUCAGCCCAGUCACAAGACCACAGAGCAGAUCACUCUGGCUCGCUCCCCCAGCAUGUUUCAGAAAUGUGGUAGGUUGUUCUACAGGCACAAUGGCUGCAACGAACUCCGAACUUCUCUGGGAAUCUGGACUUGUGAUAUCCUUCGAAUUACGGAGCAGUUGUUACUGAUUUGGCAAUAACUAUUGUAUUAAACUAAAUAAAGAAUAAGUAUCGUCUGGGCUUUCGCAUCAGCUGGCGCGCUGGUUUGUUUUGUUUCUGCGUGGCGAAUGUUAACGUUAGCUAGCUAACUAAGCAGUACAGUAUCAAGCUAGCGAGUCAAGAUUGUGACAUUGGAGCUAAUAUAGCUAGCUAACACCUAGGUUGUUUCUAGCUUGGUACUCAGUAUAGUGGGAGCUGGUGUGUAGGUGAUGUUCUCCGUACUUUCAUACGGUAGACUGGUUGCCAGAGCAGUAAUUGGCGGACUCUCUCAAACGGAUAGCCGCGACUACAGCCUGGUAACAGCAAGCUGCGGGUUUGGGAAGGAUUUUCGGAAGGGUAUCUUGAAGAAAGGGAUGUGCUACGGCGACGACGCUUGCUUCAUUGCACGACAUAAAUCUGCCGAUGUUUUGGGUGUGGCAGAUGGAGUGGGUGGUUGGAGAGACUACGGUGUGGACCCAUCACAGUUUUCAGGGACCCUUAUGAAGACCUGUGAGCGGCUGGUAAAGGAGGGACGCUUUGUUCCAAGCAACCCUGUGGGCGUCCUCACAAGCAGCUACUAUGAGCUCCUACAGAACAAAGUGCCUCUGCUGGGCAGCAGCACGGCCUGCAUCGUGGUGCUGGACCGGCAGAGCCAUCGGCUGCACACUGCUAACUUGGGAGACUCAGGCUUCCUGGUGGUGAGGGAAGGAGAAGUGGUGCACCGCUCUGACGAACAGCAGCACUACUUCAACACCCCCUUCCAGCUCUCUAUCGCCCCACCCGAGGCAGAGGGGGCCGUCCUCAGUGACAGUCCCGACGCUGCAGACAGCUCCUCCUUCGAUGUCGAGUUGGGGGACAUAAUUCUCACAGCCACAGAUGGCCUCUUCGACAACAUGCCCGACUACAUGAUCCUACAGGAGCUGAAAAAACUCAAGAACACCAACUAUGAGAGUAUCCAGCAGACAGCCAGGAGCAUUGCAGAGCAGGCCCAUGUUCUGGCAUACGACCCCAACUAUAUGUCGCCUUUUGCCCAGUUUGCCUGUGACAAUGGACUGAAUGUAAGAGGAGGAAAGCCAGAUGACAUCACCGUGUUGCUGUCAAUAGUGGCAGAGUACACAGACUAGAGACUGUAUUGAGGCUAGGAGGGGAAUUAGGAGAGUUUCCUCUUGCCAUCUGUCUCUUGAAGAUGUCAGACUGCUUUGAUUCCUGCUGGUGGGGAUUAGGGACUAGUGUUGGUGGCUGACUGAGCCCACCUUCGGCCCCCUGAGAUAAUCAGUCCUAUUUCUCAGAUGGAACACUGACAAUACAUGCAGUUCUGACAUGUCUCUGGUUAGAAUACCCGCUGCAAAGGAUCUAUCUGGGAAAUGUCCCAGUUGUCAUUGACAUAAUCCCCGUUCAGUGGGAUGAAGGACAUCAACAUGUUGGAGAUGAGGCUCUGGCUCUCACAUUAUUUUUGGACUUGGAGCAAAGCUCAGGAUGGAGAGAGAGAGAGAGAAAGGUGGUCAGUAUUAGCCAGUCAAAAGCGUCAGAAUUGAAACUCUGUGAAUCAUGCCAAUGAGGGUUAAUCACAGGAACCGAGCUGAUUCCAGACGGGAAGUAGCAUCAUACCAUCAAGUCGAAACGAUAGGGCCAUGAAAACGCCACUUUUACAGUGACUCACCUUACACAGAAAAACAAACAAUUAAAAGACGUUGAGGGCAAAACAAAUAUGCGGGUAUAAGGGCAUGCAUCAUUGUGAUAUUAAAGGAUGUUAGAAUGUUUUGGUAGAUCUGUGGGAAAGGGACUACGUGGUAUUUUAAGUUGUUUGACUGAUCUAAGGGGUUGUAUGAAGACGAGGUGCAGUUGCCACAUACUUUGCCAUGUCAGUACAAUUUGGGUCAAACACAGACCAAGUGAAUCAUUUCUAAGGAUGUGAAAUGUUAAAAUAACUAUUUUUUUGAAAUGGCUUGAUGUUUCUGUCAAACCUGUUCUCUGACCCCUGCUGCGACGCAAAGAGUGAGUGUGACUGCAAGUGAUGUUGAAGGUUGUUAUGUGUGAUAGAGUAACCUGGAGGCUGUCGCGUGUCAGAUGUUCAUAUUGUAUACAUACGGAAUGGAUGGGUUUUGUGUAGGCUACACCGCUUUUUUUAUAUCCACUGGGAUGCAAUGGUAACAACCAUUUACGCACAAGGUUAAAGAAAGCAUAUCUAAAAGUUCACAGUGGACGUUGGUCAAGUGACCAAGCAGAUAUCAUUUUAUUUCUGCUUUGGUUUGAUGGGGUGGGAAUCUGGACUGUUUCAGUUUAGCUUCAGGGAAAAUUGUUCACAAUCAGAAUUUCUCAGUUGUCAUCGCUGUAAAGCUCCAAUGGCACAUUUGAUGAAGUCUUAUGAAUCAGGUCACUAGUGUUUUUAUUUAAUUUAACCGAUUUUCAUUUUCUUUUUUGCUGCAGUCAAAAAUGUGCACUUUGCAUUUACAACAUAACUCAUGUGCAGAAACAUUUUAAGAGUGACAUUUCCUUUGUAAAGGAAAAUUCCACCACAAAACUAUCUUUUGGUUAUUUGUUUCAAUAGUCCCGAAAUGUAUUGCUUGUCAGCAAUCAAGUUAAGAUAAUUAACAUAAUAAAAAAUAAAAAAACAUCACCACUUGAUGCAAAACACAGAUUCAUAUGAUGCAAAAUGCAUCAUACAUGGAUGAUUUUUGUAUUUUCAAAACUAUAUUGCUGACAAGAAAAACAUUUUGGGACUAUGAAACGAAUACCAAAAUAUUGUUUUUGGGUGAGGUUUCCUUUAACAUGUACUAUGUACAUGUUGAUUUAUGGAGCUGAUGUGCCUUGUAUCAGAUGUUAUUGAUAGUGGCAAAAUUGUGUAUCAUAUUGUUCCCUAAACCCCACACUGUGUCAGCUCUGGAGACAGAGUAGAAAUGGACAAGUAGCCAUAUGAUUCACACUUACUUUCCCAUCAUGCCCUGCUGUCUUAAUGCUUAAUCUGCGCCAUCUGAUGGGAGACCUCUCGUUCCCUUUCAAUGUGUUCAAUGCCUUUCACCAUGGGACACAUUCAAAUUUGAAUGGUCAAGCUAUUUAUUUUUAGGGGGGGGGGGGGGGGGGGG